AUGGCCUCGAGUCCCCCGCGUUCAUCGUCGCCGGGCGAUACAACCAAAUCGGCAACCGUCGGGACCGUCGAUGAGCCCAACAAGCUCCAAGGCUAUGGAUCAGCUCCCGACAUCCUGGACGAGAUCACCCGCGUGGUCGACCACAAGGCCGAGCGACGACUCUGCCGGCGGUUCGAUAUUCGGCUCUUGCCCGUCCUCGCAAUCAUGUACCUGUUCAAUGCCCUCGACAAGGGCAAUCUGGGCAAUGCAGAGACUGAUGGCAUGACCGAAGACCUCAAUUUCAAGCCCAACCAGUACAACCUGCUGCUGUCCAUCUUCUUCGUUCCCUUCGUAAUCUUCGCGCCGCCGUUCUCCAUGCUGGGGAAGAAGUUCAGCCCGGCUCGCGUGCUGCCGCUCCUGAUGUUCUCGUUCGGCGCCUUCACCCUGCUAUCCUCGGCAACACACAACUUUGGUGGCAUGUUCGCGCUGCGUUGGUUCCUAGGCAUGUCUGAGGCGGCGUUUUUCCCUCUGGUCAUUUACUACCUGACCACCUUCUACCGCCGAGGCGAGCUGGCUCGUCGACUGGCCAUCUUUUACGCCGCUUCGAACAUCGCCAACGCUUUCUCGGGCCUCAUCGCCUUUGGCGUCUUCCAGAUCAAGGGAUCCAGCUUGCCGAACUGGCGCUAUCUCUUUAUUGUCGAGGGCGGAGUGACCGUCAUUUUCGCUGCGUUUGCCUUUUUUUACCUCCCGCGCAGUGCGGCCGAGGCCAAGUUCUUGUCGGAAGAAGAAAAGGCACUGGCUUUUCAUCGCAUCCAGGUGGACUCGAGCGCCGUUGUCAACGAAAAGUUUCGCUUCCGGGAGGCGCUGAGCAUCUUCAAGCAUCCAACCACGUAUGCCUUUCUCUGCAUUGAAAUCUGUCUAGGAGUGCCGCUGCAGGGUGUCGCGCUUUUCAUGCCCCAGAUCAUCGAACGACUGGACUACGGCACUGUGAAGACCAACCUAUACACCGUCGCUCCCAACGUGACGGGCGCAGUAAUGCUGCUCGUGCUAGCUUUCUGCUCCGAUUUCGCUCGGCUGCGGUCACCGUUCAUCGUUCUUGGCUUUCUGUUCACAUUUGCCGGGUUCAUGAUCUACGCAUCUAUCAACGAUGUCCAGGGGGAGCUACAGCUAGCCUACUUCGCCACCUUCAUGAUGACAUGGGGCACAUCCGCGCCAUCGGUGUUGCUGAGCACUUGGUAUAACAAUAACAUUGCUCACGAGGGCCGCCGCGUGCUGUUGACCAGUAUCGGCGUACCGCUCGCCAACCUGAUGGGUCUUGUGAGCAGUAAUUUGUUCCGUGAGCAGGACGCGCCCAAAUACAUGCCCGCCUUGAUCACCGUGGCCGCUUUUGGCGCAGCUGGGGCUUGUCUGGCAGGCCUGCUGGCAUUGUACAUGUGGCUGGACAACAAACGGCGCGAUCGCCGUGACGGGGUUACGAUCCGGGCGCGGGAUAUUCCCACCGAUCGCAUGAGAGAUGGGCCUUCGUCCCCGGAAUUCCGAUGGUUUCUGUAG